CUUUUUGUAUUUGUCCAUUUGAUUGGCUACGUGUGUUGUCAACCUUCAAAGCUCUUCCGUGUCCGGUAGUAGUUGCAAAACACGCAGAGUUGUAUGGAGUGGAAAGGACACUGACAAGCUGAGACUCAAAGCAUCAAAUCUAUUAACACGAUGACAUUGGCAGAAGUGCUGCAGGUGUUGAGGGGCGCUGGCAGGGUGGGCACUGCAUUUGCCACCACCCAGGGUGAACAGCUGAGGCUAAUGGCCUGCAACUCAACCUUUGGUGCAGGGAUCAAAGCGGUGGUCGAGGGUGCGAUGGGCACUGUCAUGCAGGCAGACGUGAUACCCAAGACUCAAGGGUUCCCAGAUACUUACAAUUGGGAGGAGAUGGAACAGGAUGAAGCAGCCAAGUGGGUGGUGGGCUCUGAGCUGCCUCCAGACAUCUCCAGCACAGAUGGCAUUGAUGUUGCAGAGACAUCAGAGAUGCCCAGUGGUUCGUCUACUGGCACAGUCAAAGGAACUGGCUGGCCUGGUCAAAACACUCGAUUUUUGCAUGUGUCAAUGUCUCAUCACCCUGUUAGGUUUGUUCAUGACUCUGUGGUGGCCGGGUUAAGCCCUGAGGACAUUAAAAAGGCAAGGGAGGCAAAAAAGAGCAUUUCCAGACCUGUACGACAAAAGCUUAGCGAUCAAGCCAAAGAACGGAAGGUUCCUGCUACACGGAUUAGUCGUCUUGCCAAUUUUGGGGGUUUAGCUAUUGGACUUAGCAUUGGAGCCAUUGCUGAGGUGGCAAAACAGUCUUUUGGGGGAAAACGUUCAGAAAUGAAGGCUCUUUUAGACUCUCCGCUUCUGUCAGAGGCCAAUGCAGAGAGAAUAGUGGACACAUUGUGUAAGGUUAGAGGAGCGGCCCUCAAGAUCGGACAGAUGCUGAGCAUUCAGGACAACAGCUUCAUUAGCCCACAACUACAGAAAAUAUUCGAGAGGGUUCGACAAAGUGCAGACUUCAUGCCAUCCUGGCAAAUGAAUAAAGUACUUGAGGAGGAGUUAGGGUCCAAUUGGAAGGAGAAACUAUCAUCAUUUGAGGAAAAACCCUUUGCUGCAGCAUCCAUUGGCCAAGUGCAUCAUGGAGUGUUGCUGGAUGGAAGAGAAGUUGCUAUGAAGAUACAGUACCCGGGCGUUGCUGAGAGCAUUCACAGUGACAUCGACAAUCUCAUGGCAGUUUUAAAGAUGAGUGUUGUUUUACCUGAUGGUCUGUUUGCUGACAGCAGUCUCGAGGUACUUCAGAAGGAGCUGGCGUGGGAGUGCGACUACAGGAGAGAGGCGGACUGUGCGAAACGCUUCAGGAGUUAUCUUAAAGGAGAUCCGGUGUUUGUUGUCCCUGAGGUCUUUGAUGAACUUUCAGCACGUCGAGUGCUUACUAUGGAGCUUGUUAAUGGAGUUCCUUUGGAUCGUUGUGUCGAUCUGGAUCAGGAGACUAGAAAUGAGAUAUGCUAUAACAUCCUGCAGUUGUGUCUGAGAGAGUUGUUUGAGUUUCGCUUCAUGCAGACAGACCCCAACUGGGCCAACUUCUUCUAUAAUAGUGAACAAAACAAGAUAUAUCUGUUGGACUUUGGAGCCUGUCGAGACUUCCCAGCGUCAUUCACAGACGAUUAUAUAGAGGUGGUGCAUGCUGCUUCAAUCGGAGACAAAGCGACCGUCUUGCAGAAAUCCAAGGACCUAAAGUUCCUCACUGGUUUUGAAGCCAAGGCAUUCGAGGAUGCACACGUCGAGGCUGUCAUGAUCCUCGGCGAAGCGUUCGCUUCUCCUGAUGCGUUUGACUUUGGCAACCAGAACACCACACAGCGCAUACAGAGUCUGAUCCCCGUAAUGCUUCGACACCGCCUAACACCCCCUCCAGAAGAGUCUUAUUCACUACACCGUAAAAUGGCUGGAUCAUUCCUCAUCUGUUCCAAGCUGAAGGCCCGCAUCACUUGCCGAAAAAUGUUUCUUGAUAUUUACAAUUCCUAUAACCAUCAGAGACAGAAAAGAGGCACCCAGGCUUAGGUCCAACAGGAAGUACACGGACUAUGAAGUACCAUGAUAAAACUGUAUAUGCUCUUCACUGCAUUACAGCCAAAGACUGACAGGUGUUUUAUGCUUGUAUUAUUCUUACUACAGUGUUUAUUUUUGACCAUUUUGUCACUCAGAAAAUUAACAUGUUUGAUGUUAAACCUCCGUGUCUGUGGCUUAUUUUUAUACUUGAAUAAGUUAACAUAAUAAGGGUAAGAUUUUGUGCACUGCAACUGUGUAUAUGUAAAUUAUACUGUAAAUCAUUAAAAGAUAUUCCCAUUUA